CUAUUUAGUGCACUAACGUUUUGGAUAUAAUUGGUCACAAAGAAAGAUGCCUUCUUUCAAGGGCAUUCACAUGGCUUAUCUCUAUUAUUCUCCCCCUCCUCCGCCACCACCUCCAUGCAACCAAGCCUCAACACAGCCCCCACCUACUCCGCCGCCGCCUACAUGUAACCAUGCCUUCGCACCACCAUCACCACCUGCACGUAGCCAUGCCAUCAAACCUCCGCUGCCUCCCACUGCACCAAACAUGGGGUGGACUCUACCACCACAGCCUCCUACCCCCCCAAACAUAGGAUGGAAGCCGCCGCCUUCUCCUCCUCCUCCUCCUCCUACUGGGAGGACACCGCCACCGCCACCACAAUUACCACCUUGUCAAUGUGCUCAUCAGCCGUCUCCCAAUAUCAAUCCUCCGCCAAGCCAUAGUACUCCAUAUUCCCCAGCGCCACCACCAAAGCCCCCUUCAAUACCCGUCACUCCCUCCAAAAACCCUAUUCCACCACCAACCAUGCCACCUCAAUCCUCGAGUCCUCCACCACCAUUCACUCCACAGCAAUCCCCCACUCCGCAACCAAUCACGCCACCUCAAUCCUCAACUCCAUCGCCAGUCACUCCACAGUUGCCUACAUCACCACCAGCCACAUCACCACCAGCCACGCCACCGCAACCCUCUUCUACACCGCCUGUUAGCCCUCCUCAAACUCCUAUGCCACCACCAGUCACGCCACCUCAGUCUUCUACUCCACCACCAGUACUCACGCCACAAUCACCUACAUUGUCGCCUGCCAUGCCACCACAUCCCUCUUCUACACCACCUCUUAGCCCUCCUCAAUCUCCAACUCCACCACCAGUCUCUCCAGCGUCGCCUCCAUCACCGCCAACCAUGCCACCGCAACCGUCUUCUACACCACCUAUUAGCUCUCCACAUCAUCCUAUGCCACCUCAGGCCAUGCCACCUCAAUUCUCUAGUACUCCACAGCGAUCUCCUGCACAGCCACCAAUGAUGCCGUCCCAACCCCCUGUUGGAGCACCAAACAACCCACCACAAUCCCCUUCGCCGCCGAUCAUUCCACCAACACCAUUAUCGCCUCCAACCACCAGUUCUCUACCUCCAACGUCACCGGUGAAUAGUCCGCCACCAGUUGAGUGGCCACCUCUAGUGUCGCCGCCGCCAUUUGGUGCACCAGCACCUCUUCAUCCAGCUUUUCCUCCUCCUCUAGUAACCCCACCAAAUUACCCUUCAAUACCACCAUCGUCAACUGCUCAACCACCUCCAUCUGGAGGCAAUAAUAACCACACCGCUGUAAUCGUCGUUUGUGCCUCAUUGGGCGGUGUUUUCUUCCUUGCAUUUCUCGCAGUUGCUCUCUUCUGCUUGGCUAAGAAAAAGAAGAAACCAGUCAUGGUUCCAGCACCUCCUUGUGUGGAGGAACCUUUAGAAGAGGAAGGCCCGCGUCUUGAGGAAACUGUAGUUGUAGCAGUUGCCGUCGAAGAAGAAAUUUGUGAAGCUGGAGAUAUCGAUGGUGGUGGCGGCGGCGGAGGAGAUUCACGUGUCGAAGAACCUCCACCUUCUUAGUUAGAUCAGAACAUGUUCAUAUCUUUGACCGCAAUGAAAUUAUUCUUUUUUUAUUAUUAUUGUUUGCUUUACAUUCAUGAAUGCAGUUGGAGAAUUCUAUCUGGGGUGUAACUAAAUUAUUAGAUUAGCUUUUAUUUAUUUAUUUAUUCGUGAUGUAUAAGCACACACUUUUUAUGUAAAAAAUAAGACAAAUCAAAUUUGUAUAUUAGUACUCUACUUGUGAUUAUUGGCAAUUAACAUAAAUUUUACU